GACGAUGGAUCUUCAGGUCAGCAGCUCGGAUCCUCUCAGUGUUUCUGCUCCAGCUCAAACUCCAGCGCCUGGAUUCUCCUGCAGGUCUGUGGUUCCUUCGCCUUCAGGUUCUGGUUCCUCCUCCUUCAGGUUCUUCUAAAACACACCAUGUGACUAGACCAGGACCAAUCAGCUUCACCGUAACAUCCUGAGACAACAUCUGGAGCUCCACCAGCUGGAGGCCUGGGCUGAGGUUCCUCGGGUUCCUGGGGUUCUCUUGCUGGACGGUGGAGGAUGGGAGGGUCGGUGUGUAAGGAGGAGGUGGAGGAGAAACGGAGGAGUCCGUCCAGAGAGGACAGUCUGACGUCGGCCGACAGAAUCCGCAGAUUCACCGUCAGACAAUUUGGAUUCAACGUCCUGAGUCUGACCCGCCGAGGACUGAAGGAGGUACCAGAGGAGCUGUGGGAGCUGCUGGAGCUGCAGAAGCUGAACCUUUCUCUGAACAGUCUGAAGGUGGUUCCUCCUCAGGUGGCUCUGCUCUCCAACCUGGUGGUCCUCAACCUGUGGGGGAACCAGCUGAGCAGUCUGCCUCCAGAGAUCGGACAACUGAGGACACUCCGAGUUUUAUUCAUCUACAGAAACCGACUGACGGAGAUUCCUGAGGAGCUGGGAGGCUGUACACAGCUGGAGGUUCUGAGUCUGGCCAACAACCAGCUGUCCUCUCUGCCAGCGUCUCUGUCCAACCUGACCCGGCUGAAGAAGCUCAACCUCAGUCACAACCUCAUCGCUCACGUCCCGGGCUGCGUCUACAACAUGAAGGCUCUGGUGUUCCUUCACCUGGCCUGUAACCGUCUGGAGAACCUGGCAGAGAACAUUCAGGCUCUGGUGGAGCUCAAGAUCCUCAUUGUGGAGGGAAACAGCCUCCAUUCUCUGCCAAAGGCCCUCUGCUGCCUGACCAGGUUGGAGCUGCUGAAUCUGGACUUUAACGAUAUUAAAGAUGUUCCACAGGACCUCCACCAGUUGUACCGCCUGCAGAAGUUGGCCUGCCAUCCUCUGGAUAAAGGUCUUCACAUCGUCCACAACCCGCUGCUCAAACCUGUGAAGGAGGUUCUGGAGGGUGGGCUCAGCGCACUCUUCAACUACCUGAGGGCAGGAUAGGCCUGGGGGCGGGGCUUAACACCUGGCAGCUGGGGGUGGGGCUUUUUCCUUAUCUGACACUGGGGUGGGACAUUUUAAACUACCUGAUGACUGGGGGAUGGGACUUUUUAUCUACCUGAGAUUUGGGGUGGGGCUUGUAUCCACCCGAUGACUGGGGCGGAGGUUUUUGUCCACCUGAUGACUGAGGGCGGAGGUUUUUGUCCACCUGAUGGCUGGGGGGCGGAGCUUUUUAGCCACCUGAUGACUGGGGGCGGAGCUUUUUAGCCACCUGAUGACUGGGGAUGGAGCUUUUUUUCCACCUGAUGGCUGGGGGCGGAGCUUUUUGUCCACCUGAUGGCUGGGGCGGAGCUUUUUGUCCACCUGAUGGCUGGGGGCGGAGCUUUUUGUCCACCUGAUGGCUGGGGGUGGAGCUUUUUGUCCACCUGAUGGCUGGGGGCAGAGCUUUUUGUCCACCUGAUGGCUGGAGGAGGAGUGUUUUGUACCUGAGGUCCAUGCUGAUGCCAGUGAUAAACCUGAGGCCAGUUUGUAGAUGCUACAUUUACCUGUCCUCACGUGUGCUGCAGGUGGCUAACGUGGAGCUGCUGUCUGAAUCUGUGAUGCAGCUGAAUGUUAUUUAAUGGUGUUGAGUGAAUUUCAGUGGAUUUUUUCAGUCUGAUUUGCUUCUUUUAUCUCCUCUUUGACUGUUUUCAUGAAUAGCUUCAUUGAUCCGGUUAACAGUCAGGUGGUGGUUCUGUUUGACCACAUGUUGGAAGUCUUUAUUUAUUUCUGCUUCCGUUCCAACUAGUUGUGAAACAGUUUGAAACACGUAGAGUUCACCUAUUAAGUGAAUAUAUAAUGUUUAAAAUAAAACUGUAUUGCUGAAGGUUUGCUGAAAGAUGCAACAUGGAAACAUGGACAUGGAGUAUUAAACACAAGAAGCACUGAGAACCACAAGUGUCUUCAGCUGUCUUUCAGUUCAUGGUCUUCAGCUCUCCUGAGGCUUCUUCGGGAACAUUGUGGAGGGUUUUAGAGAACUUCAGAGCUCUUCUUCAGACUUAGUUUCUGUGUGCAGAUGAUCAGAAAUAAACGUCCACAAUGAAGCUGCCACAUGCUUAGAGACGACUAUGAUGAACUUCAUGUCAAAACUAGGAUGUGAAGAACUUCUUCAGAACUAUUAGAACUAAGCUGAAAGUCAAACACCUGAGCAUUGCUGCCAAACAUUAAAAAAACCUCCAGAUUCAUUCACCAACGUGUCUUAUUGAAUGUAAAUUACCUGGAUAUUAAUGUAAAAAAACAGGGAGACAUUUCCUCUGCUCGUGUUUUUACUUUUGAUCUGUGUCCCUUUGAUUGGCUGAAUUAAUUUCACCUGUGAGCCAUUCAUCCAAUCAGCUCUGAGUGUUUAGUCUCGUCUGUCCUUCUGUCUUUCAGUUCAUGUUGUUUGAUAUCUGUUUACCUCCUUUCAGACUUCCUGUUUCCGUCCUUUCAGAUCUUUGGUGCUGGGUGAUGGACUGGUUUGUUUUAGAUUCUAGGUGAUGGACUGGUUUGUUUUUUGUUUCAGCUUUUUGAUGAAAGUUUUCUUUCUGUUCCUUUAGUAUCUGAAGUUUUUGUGUGUGGUCCUUUAAUUAUGAUUAAAAACAGGAUAUUUACUGUUUUUUAA